AUGAACUAUUCCGAUGCAGCCAGAUCUUGUUUGAGCAGGAAGGACUAUCCCGGGUACUUGGAAAAUGCCCGGAAGCAAUAUGAGACGACGAGGUCUGCAGAGGACAAGAGGGAGAUGGAAAAGGCAAGGAAGGUCCUUUCACUGCACAGGGAGAUUGGCGAGUUUCUCAAGAAGGACGCCUCUGACUACUACGGCAUUCUUGGCGUGUCCAGAAAUGCCUCGCAGACAGAGAUAAAGAAUGCAUUCAAUGCCUUGAUCAUGAAGUUCCAUCCUGACAGAACAGGGAUGCAUGAGUCAAGCGCUGUCUCCGGGAUGAUCCAGAAUGCGUAUGCCACUCUGGGAAACCCGGAAAAGAGGAGGCGCUACGACAUGUCCAGAGAGGACCCCGUGUUUGGCCGGGCAAGAGCCAGGGCUAGCCAUAUCGAUGACAUCGUGCCGAAUGUCUUUUUCGGUGCAUUCCAUCCCCAAGGAUAUCAAGGCCCCUUUGUAUACACCAACCAUGAUCUCUACGAGCAUCUAUAUUCUCAGAUGUACAGAAGAUUUGCCCAUAGCCACAGGAGGCCCGAUGGGAGCGACGCCGAUCGACAGAAGGUAACUGCGCUUCUGAUAAUCAUCAUAUUGGUAUUCCUGGCAAUGUAA